AAACACCACGCUCGCCAGUAGUCGAUAUCGUCUCCCGAAACAAUAACCAAAAAAGAAAAGCCAAAAACCCAGAGGCAACAAACCCUAGCUGAAGAGGAAAAAGGAAGAAAGCUUCCUCUCUCCGCGCUCUCUCAGAUCCAAACCCAUAUCGCAGAACUCAUCUCCUUUUAUGGGGUCUAAGAAAUCUGACUUUGGCGAUGGCGCUAGCCCCGGGAAGAUUUUCAUCGGAGGUUUAGCGAAAGAUACUACGCUAGACCAAUUCGUCAAGUACUUUGGCAACUAUGGGGAGAUAACGGACUCAGUGAUAAUGAAGGAUAGGAGCACAGGUCGGCCUCGAGGUUUUGGUUUCAUUACUUAUGCUGAUCCUGCUGUUGUUGACACUGUUAUUGCUGAAACGCAUAUCAUCAAUGGGAAACAAGUUGAAAUUAAAAGAACCAUCCCAAAAGGAUCUUCUGAAUCUAGGGACUUCAAGACAAAGAAAAUUUUUGUUGGUGGAAUUCCUACUUCUGUAAAUGAAGAUGAGCUCAAGAGCUUCUUCUCGAAGUAUGGAAAAGUGGUGGAGCACGAGAUCAUUAGAGAUCAUGUCACUAAACGUUCUCGAGGAUUUGGAUUCGUUGUAUUCGACAAUGAACAAGUUGUUGAUAGUUUACUAUCUGAUGGAAAUAUGAUUGACAUGGCAGGUACUCAGGUUGAGAUCAAGAAGGCUGAACCAAAGAAACCCUCAAACCCAGCACCUGCUUCUGCUUAUGGUAGUGAAUCUAGGGGUCGUCCAUAUGGUGAUAAUUUUGGUGGAUUUGGCAACUCGUAUAGCAGUUUUAGCAGUGGCGGUUUUGGCCCUGCCCCUUAUAGGUCCUUUGGCGGUAUUGGUGGUAGGUAUGGUGAUUAUGGUGGAUAUAAUGGCGGCGGUGAAUUUGGUCGCUAUGGCGACUUUGGUGGUAGUGAUUAUGUUGGGUAUCGGGGAGAGCCUUCACUUGGCUAUUCUAGCCGCUAUGGUUCCUAUGCUGGGGGAUUUGGUGGGGGCUAUAGUGGGAGUGGCUUAGGUGCUUAUGGCCGUGGAGGUGGUUAUGGCGGUUAUUCUGGAGCUGGCGCAGGUGCUGGAUAUGAUUCUGGCCCUGGUGCUGGUUAUGGUGGUUCAGGAGGUUUGUAUGGAAGUAGAGCAGGCUAUAGUGGUGCUGGGCGUUAUCAUCCCUAUGCCAGGUAGAUCUCUCCUUAAGCAUUUCCUGUAGGAGUUGCACUCAGGUCUCUUGGUGGUUGCAUCUUCAGGCUCAGAUUUGGGUAGAUAAUCAAAGCACUAGCGGGGAGACACUAUAUAGAAGAGCAUCACCAGAGCUGUAGCGUGCUUCUGUGGACUAGAGAACCAAAUUUAGACAUGUUAUUAACUAUUUUUUCUAGCUAGACAUUACUCGUCACUUGUGAUUUAGUUAGAAGCUUUUCUGUUGGAGUUGUACUUCUAAGGGGUAUUAUCCUAGAUUCUUGUUUUUGUUUUUGGUGUGAAGUUGGUGAUUUGCCUAGAUAUUUGUUAGUAAUGGACAGGAAUAUUAUCUAUAGCCUUUUUAACUAAGCUUGCAUUGAACUA